UCAUAUGACUGAAGCUCAGUUUAGCAUGAAUCCAUUGUCUGGAGGAUAUCCAAGCAGUCAAAUUUCUCACGUUGCAAGAUCACCCUAUCCUCUUGGACUUUAUUCCAAUAACGAAGCAUCUUGUUAUCCUAAAGAUAAUGUUGGUUCCAGUAGAACUUAUAGUGACAUCGAAGCAUACAGGAACCCUGUUUUGGGUAGCCAUUAUAGGCCAAGUACGGCAGGGAACAUCAACAUGGGUUUUCCUGGAAGACCUUAUGUUGACUACCGUGAGUCACAACCUUUUAAUUAUAGUACAUAUGGAAGAUCUUAUGUUGAUCACAGAGAUUUCCAACCUGAGUUUCCUUCACCUGCUGCAGCCACGCCUUCGCUUCCCCCGUAUGGAGAACCAACAGUAAGACCUCAACAUGGUGGAUUACCUGAUAACGUGCAGUAUUCAGGGAGAUAUGCUUGUCAGUAUCCAAAAUAUUACCACCCUUGAAAUUUACCAGACACUGUAUUUGGUACGGCUCCGCCAGAGAAAAAAUCCUGGAUGCGCAUGGAAGGCUUAAAGGACAUGGAGCUUUUGAAGGAAAUCCUGAUGUUGAUUCAACCGAAACCAGAUGUGGAAGAUAGAUGUGUGUGGUGGAAAAACAAGGAAGGAUUCAUUGUCAAAGGUAGCUCUAUGAGAGGUUGGAAGAGUUUAGCUGUGAAAGAUUUAUUGUAGAGGAAGGUAUUCUUGGAGAAUUGAGAAAGCUUUGGAGAUCCAUAGUGCCAAGCUAAAUUCAUUUAUUUGGGUGGAGGGUUUUGCUGAAUAGAUUGUUGAGGCAAGACAGUUGCGGUACAAAAUCCUUAGGAGGCUUGACUUGUAUUCAGUUCCAAAAGUGAGUUCUUUGGCUGAAAAAUAAUUGCAGUUUCGGCUUCAGUUUAGUGUAAAGUUAAGGCAACAUUACCUUAAUAAUGUAUUUGGAUACUAGUACUCUCUUACAUGCCUUAAUAUAAUUGAGGACACUUGUAACAUUUU